AUGUUGUCAGUGAGUGCCAUCUGGCGUUCGUCAUGCCGUUUUUUAGCAUCUUUUCGACCUCCAAAAAUAGCUGUAAUUGGUUCAGGACCUGCAGGUAUGUACGUUUGUUCUGGUGUACUUCGCAAACUACCAUCAAGUGAAAUUGACGUUUUUGACGCGAGUCCUGUGCCGUUUGGUUUAGUCCGAUAUGGUGUUGCUCCUGAUCAUCCGGAGGUGAAAAACUGCAUUAAUCAGUUUGAAAAAAUGUUCAAUAAUAAUCACAGCCGGCUGUCCCUGUAUUGUAACGUCACAGUUGGCCGGGAUCUUAAAUUUGAUGAGCUGCUGCAGAACUACGAUGCAGUCGUUCUAGCGUAUGGAGCGAAAAAACAGAAGACGUUGACAAUACCUGGUAUUAAUGCAAGAAAUGUGUUUUCAGGAGGAGAUUUUGUUUCCUGGUAUAAUGGUUUGCCGAAAGCAGUAGCUCCUUUCUUAGAUUGUGAAAAAGCGGUGAUUGUUGGCAAUGGGAAUGUAGCACUGGACUGCUGUAGAAUUCUUUUGUCCAGCCCGGAUGAUCGCCUGAUGCUUACUGACAUUCCUCUUUCUAUUCUUGAAGUUUUGAAGCGUUCUCAAAUUCGGACUGUCACUAUUGUUGGAAGAAGAGGUCCGCUUGAGGUAUCUUUCACUACGAAAGAAUUGCGAGAACAGAUAAAUUUACCUGGGUGCUCAUUCUCAGCCGAAAUUGACACAACUGACCGCAGUGCGGUAAACGAAGCGUUGUCAGGCUUAUCCAGGCGGAGAAGACGGUUAACGGAGCUUCUUAUGCAAAAUUUAUCGGCAGAUUUAGCCAUGGAGCGACAGUGUCGUUUGCUGUUCAGGAAAAUUCCGACUAAGGUGGUGACUAACGCCAAAGGCCGAGUCAGAGGUGUGGUAUUCAAAAAUGCAAGGACUUUACUUGAAGAUGAAUUGCCAUGCGGCCUUUUCAUAUACUGCAUAGGAUACGAAAAUGUAGUAAUAGACGGUGUACCAACAGAUGGUGAAGGUCAUAUUGAUCUGAAAGAUGGUAUCCGGGUGAACAAAACUGGUGAAACUUUGAUUUACGCCACUGGAUGGUGUGCUCAUACGCCAAGAGGAGGUAUUGUGGACACACAGAUUGAUGCAGCCAACGUGACUGCAGCCCUAUGUGCAGACUUAGAAGCCAAACGAGUAUUUGACCGUGAACUAAAUCCGAUAAGGAGGCUGUUGGAUUUCAAGGGAGUAAAAUACAGAACUUGGAAAGACUGGAAAGCUGUAGAUGAGGCUGAAAAACUUUUAGGGAAGGCUCAUAAUAAGGAAAGAGAAAAGCUGCUUGAUUUUCCGGCUGAUCCAGCUUCUAAAUAA